GUGAAGAACAUCCUGUUCCACUGUGUGAAGGAAGCGGUCAGCUCACUGAAGAGCAGCGCUCCUGAUCAGGACAUAAAGGAGAACUCAUGACACCUGUUGGACCUGAGCCAUACUGUUCAGACUGAACUAGAGCUCCUGUCAUCCCUUCACCUCACCCUCCUCACUGUGUGCAGAGGUGGUCUGCUUACAGUCGGGGGGGCGUGUGGCAGACUACAUCAUCACCCCAGACCUUCAGUGCCAAGAGGAGAUGCAGGGUCAGAGGAACUGCUGGACUCUGCUCUGGCACAGAGGAGAGCCUGCAGCUCUGUGGUGUUGUGCUGUGAGCAGCAGUGAUGGUGGAGCCAGGAUGAGCCUCUGAGCCCCGCCCUGCUCAUCCUCCAUCAUGUGGACUUCAGGCCAGCAAAGCUUCAUCUUUUUACUCAUCACAACAGCAUCACCAGCAACAUCAGGCUCCAGCUGACCUCUCUGAUUAAAAACAAGAAGAGAGAGAAAAAACUCCAGUCUCAGAUGUUCGGUCAGCUCCUCAGCUGCCUCCUUCUUUCUUCUUGUUGUCCUGUUUGUUUCUGGUUGUUUACACCUGCUGUCAUUUCCUCCUUCUCUUCAUGCAGCAUCGUUUAGUUCCUGCAGAGCAACCAGCCUGACAGGCAGCAAUGUAACGUGUUGCAUAGUGAAUUUAUUUUCUCUUCCUGUGUAGUUUUCUGUUGUCUUUACUGUGAUGGAGGACACACAAACACACACACACACACACACACACACACACCAGCAAAUGCCUGUAACUUUGUGAAAUGUUGAUGCUCUGCGGUCCUCAUGCCAUAAAUACAUUUUCUAAAAACUGCCAAACUGUUGUUAUGACUGUGUAAAGUUUAUGUAAAAAAAAAAAAAAACUGGCAGCGUUUAAUGAAAAGAAAAUGCUGUAAAAUUUUGACAUUUACAAAAAGUAUGUAAUUUAUUUAAGAAAAAAAUUGUCUUGCUUUUUGAUAAGAUUUACUAUUGUAAAACUUUUGAAGUUAAAGUUUAAAAUAAUUGAAACUUAUAAAGUGUAAAUAUAUACAUAUAUACAUUACUGAAGUAUUUUUGUAAACCAUGGCUCACUUUAAGUUCAAUUUUCAAAGUGCAAGUGUUACAUGCUUUGUACAUUGAAGUUCAAAAGGUUUUACAUUUUCCAUUAAAAUGGAAUUUAUCAAA